GGUAGGGUUUUGCUAUUUUAGCGAAUUUAGGAAGGAUUAGGGGUGUCUGUGGGAGUGUUAGGGUUGAGCAAAGUUAUAUGGCGGCUGGAAGACAUGGUGGUUAUCGUGACAAUGAAUUUAGGGACUGGGAGUCUGAUUUGAAUGGGUCAAGGAGGGAAAGUGGUUAUUCCAAGGGAGAAUAUGAUCGGGUUAGGAACGGUGACUAUGAUGGGGGUCAGGUUCGCAACAGGGAUAGGAGAGAUAGGGGUAGGCUCAGGCAGAAGGAUAUUAAAGAGAGGGAAGUGAUGAACAGUGGGUACCGCUCUGCUUCAAGUAGGAGUGACUCUGGGAGUAGUGGUAGUGUUGGCAGUGGUGGUGGUGGACCAAGGCGGUGUGGGUUUACUGUUAGCUCUGUGGGCACUGUAGACCGAGAGCCUGGGGAGUUGUCGAGCGAUGGAUCUGAUGCGGCUAUUGAAUCAGAUCCACAGCUUAAUGAUAAUGAGGUUAGGCAGUUAGAGAAUGGGACUUGGUUUCAGUCGCCUAUGCAGAGUAAGAAGAGGAAGUUUUCGCCAAUUGUUUGGGACAGAGAUGACAAGGAAAUGAACAAAACAUCCAAGAGUAGAAAUUCUCCAGCAAAUACUUUUCUCCCUCCUCCACCUCCCUUGCUCAAGUCAAAUCGCCAGUCACGUAACCCUAUUUCUGAUGGGGUUUUGGAAAAUUCUCAAAUGGAAGAUAUUGGACUUCAGAGCUCAGAACCACUUGCAGUCAAACCUCCUUUGGCGCCUGAGUCCCAUGUUUCUGCUGCAUCUGUAUCCCCAGCUGUGGUGUCUUCUUCCCCACCUCAAGAAGAGCGUUGGGGUAACUAUCAGGGAGUAGAGAAACUGGAUGAUGAUGAUUAUGUGCCAACACGAACUAUUAGGGCCUCUCGAUGGGCAAAUGACGCCAACUCCCCAGUCGAUGAAGGUGAAAUUUCUAAUGAUGAAGAAAUUCCUAGAACAAAGAAGAAGCCCCUUUCUGAGUCAAUUGAAAGGAGGACAAGCAAGAACUCAUUGAGUCCUGAGCUUGGGGAACUCAGGAGAGAAGGUUUUGAAGGGAGUACAACAAGGUCAUCUGAAUCUGAUGAACGUAUCAGGUCCUCCAGUAGAGAUGACAACAAUUUGGACUUGAAUGACUUUAUGGAUAUAGAUGAGGACCGAUAUAAGGAUGGUGUUGGUGUUAGCCAGUCAGAUACAGGUUCUGAGGAUGAACAGGAUUCUCGUAGUUCACCUGAGCCCUCACUACCCCAACAAAGAAGUGUGAACAUGCUUCAGGGGUGUAGAAGCGUUGACGAGUUUGAGAGACUGAACAAGAUAGAUGAAGGAACUUAUGGGGUUGUUUACAGAGCCAAAGAUAAGAAAACUGGAGAAAUUGUUGCCCUGAAAAAGGUCAAGAUGGAGAAAGAAAGAGAGGGGUUUCCUUUGACGUCUCUGAGGGAAAUAAACAUUCUUCUUUCCUUCCAUCACCCCUCCAUUGUGGAUGUUAAAGAAGUAGUUGUUGGGCGCAAUCUUGACAGCAUUUUCAUGGUANGGGUAAGUUUAGUAACAAAUUAA